AUGUCUAUAAAGAAGUUAGAAGGGGAUGAGCGUAUUAGAGAGUUAUUAAGAGACUAUAAAAGUUGUAAUGUUAUAUCAAUUUACAUUGAAAGAAAAGCAGGCCCUUUGUUGUCUAUAGAUGUUAGUGGUAAUGUCCUUCAUUGUGAAAUUUUUGUGCCACUGUUACAAUAUAAUGUUGAACAAACAGGGAAUGAGGAAGGGAUUGAGGUUGAAAAUGAGAGUGCAGGAUUUGUUUUUGAGGGAGUAGGGGUUGAGGAAGGGGCUGAGGAUGAUGAUGAAGGUGUAGGGGUUGAGGAAGGUGCUAAGGGUGAAAAUGAGGGUGUAGGAGUGGAGGAAGGGGCUGAGGGUGACAAUGAGAGAGUAGAGGGUGAAGAAGCAGGGGUUGAGGAAGGGGCUGAGGGUGAUAAUGAGGGUGAAGGGGUUGAGGAUGGGGCUGAUGGUAACAAUGAGGGUGUAGAGGGUGAGGAAGUAGGGGUUGAGGAAGAGGUAGGAAAUGAUGAGUCUGAUUCAUCAUUAGUUUCUGAUUGCCCUUCAUGGAUGUUAGAGGAUUUAGAGGGUCCUUGGGAUGAUGAUAUUUUCACUAGUAGGCCUGAAAACUACACAAGAACAAUGCUAGAGACUCUAAGGUCUUUAAUGAGAGAAAGAAAGAAAAACAAACAGCAAGAGCAACAAAAUGAGAAGGGUGAAGGGACUAGUAGGGGAGAUGGACAGUGGUUUACUGAUUGUGAGGAUGAAGAUUUUGGUAAUGAGGGAGAUGGGUGUCCAAUGUGGAUGAGAUGA